AUGCUUAACCCGGGGAAAGAAAAUGGCGCAGAUACGAUCACGGAGGACUUUGAAAUCGUUGAGUAUUAUCCACAAGGAUAUCAUGGAGUUGACAAGGAAGGAAAACCUAUCUAUAUCGAGAGGCUGGGCCAAGUCGAUGCUACAAAGCUGAUGAAUGUGACCAUAAUCGAUAGGUACCAUGCGAAAGAGUUCGAGCAGACUUUCAACGUCAAAUUCCCGGCUUGUUCCAUCGCUGCAAAGAGACACAUUGAUCAGAUCACAACGAUCUUUGAUGUUCAAGGAUUGCAUCUUGGGAUCAACAAAGCUGCAAUAGAUCUUCUUCUUAAGAGUAUUCAGAAAAUCGACAACGAUAACCACCCUGAGGUUCUUGGCAACAAAUACGAAAGCAAACUGCUAGAAAUCAUCGAUGCCAAUGAACUGCCUGAGUUCUUGGGUGGUAACUGCACCUGCGCAGAUAAAGGCGGUUGUAUGCGUUCAGACAAAGGUCCAUGGAAUGAUCCCGAGAUCUUCAAGUUAUAA